AUCUUCGUUCCAUUAUCAUUACCCCUAAGAUUCCAUUUGGUGUUGGUCGGCAGAGCUGCGAGUCUCGGACAUUCCCCGUCCCCCUCGAGAACACUACGUUCGGAAUAACAAUCUCUUGCAACAAAAGCGAAAGACCUCGGUCGGACUUUCACCGAGAAAUGGGAGUGGAUAUGGCAUGGUUGUGCAGUUACAAGGUAUUAUUGUCCAUGGUUUGCAGGUAUUGACUGCGCUGCAUGUGGUGGUUCACUUUCGAUAUUUGCUCGACCCCGCAGUUGGACAAGGAAUGACUGCAUAUGAUGGGUGCAAAGGGAUGGAGGCACUCCGUGGGUGAGAAGUAUAUAUAUGAGAUGCUUCUCCCAUCUCCAAAUCGUGAUACUCUUUCUUCCCACGUUUCAUCUCUCUGAUUCCUCUUUUACUCUCUCUGUUCUUCAAAGGAAGGCUGCCUGCAACAACAUCACCUUGAAUAUGCCCUCCAUACUCAUCACCGGUGCCGGUGGCUACGUCGGACAGGAAUUGGCCGCUGGUCUUCUUGCGAGUUCACCAGACAUUACAGUUACCCUUACGGAUAUCGUUAAGCCUGCCAUCACUGAAUCUGCUGCUCAGCAUGCAUCUCGAGUGAAGAGCGUCCAAGCCGAUCUUACAUCGCCACAGGGACUGGACGAGCUGAUCAGCUCGUCCAGUCCCUACGAUGUUGUCUACUUGCUCCACGGUAUCAUGUCCAGUGGCGCAGAAGCCAAUUUCGAGCUCGGACUUCGUGUCAACCUUGACGCAACCCGGAGCAUACUGGAUAAACUACGCACCACGAUGCCGGGGGUGAAGGUCAUCUUCACUUCGUCCCUGGCGGUCUACGGACCUGCGCCCAAGGGCUUCGUGAUCACAGAAACCAACUUCCCCCCUGUGCCUUCAUCGUCAUACGGCUCGGAGAAGCUCAUGUCGGAAAUACUGUUGAAUGAUUAUUCGAGACGAGGAUUUUUGGACGGCCGGGCUGUCCGCUUGCCAACUGUGACUGUCAGAGCUGGCAAGCCAACGCAGGCAGCGAGCAGCUUCGCGAGUGGCAUUAUCCGAGAGCCAUUUAAUGGGGAAAAAGCUAUGCUUCCCGUGGGCAAGGAAACUGAGAUGUGGAUCUGCUCGCCAUACACGGUCAUCAAGAAUCUUAUCCACGCCAAGGACAUUCCUAAGGAAGCGUUCGGAGAAUCCAGGACCGUCAACCUCCCUGGGUUGAAGGUUAGCGUCCAGGAAAUGCUGGAUGCUCUAGAGUCGGUCGGUGGCAAGGAAAGACGCGUACUGGUCGAGGAAAAAUACGACGUGGCUAUUGACAAGAUCGUGCAGUCGUGGGCUCCGAAUUUCGACACGGCUCGCGCGUUCGCAUUGGGAUUCUCGGGGGAUAUUCCCAUGGUAGAGAACAUCAAGCAAUACGCCAGCCGCUUCGCAUGAUGCACCUUCAUGGACCGCUUUUGUUAUUUUCAUGUAAAUACAUCUUCUCAGUAAAGAUAUAGCCAAUAGAACAGAAGACUUCGCGCUGUACAUAUUUCGCAACACGUAGACCAAGAUCUAUUUUGCUACACAGACAACAAACAGACGUCAGCAAUUGCACAGUGAGGCACUAUACACACUCACAACUCGCUA